UUUCCCAGAUCCUGCAGUGGUCUUGUGUCCUAUUGCUGCUGUACCUCACCAGAAAGAGGGGUUGGGGGGGGGGGAGAUGCACCCGCUUGCCGUGUUUUCUUAAUUUUGUAUUAUAAAGCAUUGUCAUUAGGUUUGCCUGUGGCAUAUGCCAUUACCCCCACCGCAAAACUAAAAUUAGCAAAAUGUCAGGAAUGGAGAGAUUGAUUCACCCAAGAUGCAAUUAUCAUUUAAAAAGUGCUUGAUUGAGGUGCUGAUGUUCGGUGAUUUAUUCUGCAUACCAUAUACAUAAUUAAAGUAGUGUAGUGGAGUAAUUUAUCAAUCUAGUUUAGACUAGAGGGGCAAGGAAAAGAGCUGCUGCCGCGCUAUGUUUGUUUUAUUAAAACGCUUUCGGGAUCUGAUCCCGCCCUCUUUUUGCAAGAGUGAAACUGAUUAUUUCUCCAGCUCGGGAGGAGAGAGUCAUUCGUUUGGGAUUGUGGGAGAGAGAGCGAGAGAGAGACAGAGAGAAGGGAGGAAGGGGGAGAAACGCAGAAAAGGACACCUCAUCAAGCGUGUAGUUUUGAAUCCCUUCCUUGCCUCUUCCUUCCCCCCCUCCGCGAUGUUACAAAGGCUGUGAGCUGCUCUCUUUUUCCCAUUCGCCUUCUGUCACUUCCUUCCUGGACGCUUUCAGGACGAGUCCGGUUACUUUUAAUCCAGCCAGCAGCAUAGCCACUUUCUCCUCCUCCACGCUGUGCACACACACACACACACACACACAGAUACACACACACACACACACCAGACAUCUUCUGGCUGCUAUUGGAUUGACUUUGAGGCUUGUGUGUGGUUCAAGGAGGCUGCAUGUUGAACCAGGUGGUGAACACUUAAAAGGCUGGAAGAAGUAAAGGGUUUUUUUUUGUUUUUUUAUUUUUUUUCCUAAGAAAGGAAAAUAUCUCAAGGACUAGUCUGCUCAUCUAAAUGUUUGCAAUGAACGGAUGCAGGGGUCUGUGAACUGAGUAGUGCAAGUGCUGAAGAGGGAGAUUUGUUUUGAGGAAACGGGAAAGAGGAAGAAAAGAGAAGGAAAAAAUACAUAAUUUCAGGGACGAGAGAGAGAAGAAAAACGGGGACUAUGGGGAGAAAAAAGAUUCAGAUCACAAGGAUUAUGGAUGAACGUAACAGACAGGUGACAUUUACAAAGAGGAAAUUUGGGUUAAUGAAGAAGGCUUAUGAGUUGAGUGUUCUAUGUGACUGUGAGAUUGCUCUAAUCAUCUUCAACAGCACCAACAAACUGUUCCAGUAUGCCAGCACUGAUAUGGACAAAGUGUUGCUGAAAUAUACAGAGUACAAUGAGCCACAUGAGAGUCGAACGAAUUCAGAUAUUGUUGAGACAUUGAGAAAGAAAGGACUUAAUGGCUGUGACAGUCCAGACCCCGAUGCAGACGAUUCAGUAGGUCACAGCCCUGAGUCUGAGGACAAGUACAGGAAACUUAAUGAAGAUAUUGAUCUAAUGAUCAGCAGGCAAAGAUUGUGUGCUGUUCCGCCACCCAACUUUGAGAUGCCAGUUUCUAUCCCAGUGUCCAACCACAACAGUUUGGUAUACAAUAACCCAGUCAGCUCGCUGGGUAACCCCAACCUUUUGCCACUGGCCCACCCUUCUUUGCAGAGAAAUAGCAUGUCUCCUGGUGUGACACAUCGGCCUCCGAGUGCAGGAAACACAGGUGGCCUGAUGGGUGGGGACCUCACAACCGGUGCAGGCACCAGUGCAGGGAAUGGGUAUGGCAACCCCCGAAAUUCACCAGGUCUGCUGGUCUCACCUGGCAACUUGAACAAGAAUAUGCAAGCAAAAUCUCCGCCCCCAAUGAAUUUGGGAAUGAACAACCGUAAACCAGAUCUCCGAGUGCUUAUUCCACCAGGCAGCAAAAAUACAAUGCCAUCAGUGUCUGAGGAUGUUGAUCUGCUUUUGAAUCAGAGGAUAAAUAACUCCCAGUCUGCUCAGUCAUUGGCUACCCCAGUGGUUUCCGUAGCAACUCCUACUUUGCCAGGGCAAGGGAUGGGAGGAUACCCAUCAGCCAUUUCAACAACAUAUGGUACCGAAUACUCACUGAGUAGUGCAGACUUAUCAUCUCUCUCUGGGUUUAAUACAGCCAGUGCGCUUCAUCUUGGUUCAGUAACUGGCUGGCAACAGCAGCACCUACAUAACAUGCCACCAUCUGCCCUCAGUCAAUUGGGAGCUUGCACUAGCACUCAUUUAUCUCAGAGUACAAAUCUCUCCCUGCCUUCUACUCAAAGCCUCAACAUCAAGUCAGAACCUGUUUCUCCUCCUAGAGACCGUACCACCACACCCUCGAGAUACCCACAGCACACGCGCCACGAGGCGGGGAGAUCUCCUGUUGACAGCUUGAGCAGCUGUAGCAGCUCAUAUGAUGGAAGCGACCGAGAGGAUCAUCGGAACGAAUUCCACUCCCCCAUUGGACUCACCAGACCUUCGCCGGACGAAAGGGAAAGCCCCUCUGUCAAGCGCAUGCGGCUCUCUGAAGGAUGGGCAACAUGAUAACGUUAUUACCUAUUAGGUUUUUUCUUGCAGUGUGUGUGUGCUAUACCUUAAUGGGGGUGGGGGGGGGGGGGUCGAUAUGCAUUAUAUGUGCCGUGUGUGGAAAAAAAAAAGUCAGGUACUCUGUUUUGUAAAAGUACUUUUAAAUUGCCUCAGUGAUACAGUAUAAGGAUAAACAGAAAUGCUGAGAUAAGCUUAGCACUUGAGUUGUACAACAGAACACUUGUACAAAAUAGAUUUUAAGGCUAACUUCUUUUCACUGUUGUGCUCCCUUGCAAAAUGUAUGUUACAAUAGAUAGUGUCAUGUUGCAGGUUCAACGUUAUUUACAUGUAAAUAGAAAAAAGGAAACAUUUGCCAGAAAGUGGCAGACUUUACUGAGAGAGAAAGCAGGUGUUAUGCAACAUAUAGAAAAUGUACAGAUGUUUUGACAGACCCAGCAAUGGGUGGCCAUGAAUAAAUGUUAGAAAGAGUCUGGGUCACCUACCAUACCUAUAAUGCUCACAAACAUGCAGGCAUAUCAUUGGAGUAUGGCACUCAGUUAAAAGGAUCAAAGACAUGUAAAAGAGGACCAUACUUGUAAAAAUGUUGCGUUUGAGGGCUAACAUAUUUAAUUUUUAAAAUUCUGGGUCUGCAUUACGUAUUAAAUAAAAAAUAGAAAAAUAUGUACAUUACAUUUUGCUUAUUUUCAUAUUAAAAAGUAAGACAAAGUUUGCAAAGCAUUUGUGGCUUUUUGUAGUUUCCUUAAGCCAAAAUGUGUGUUUUUUUUCCUUGAUAGCUUCGCUAAUAUUUUAAACAGUCCUGAAGAAAACAGAGGACUUUUUGUAUAGAAAGCACUACCCUAAGCCAUGAAGAACUCCAUGCUUUGCUAACCAAGAUAACUGUUUUCUCUUUGCAGAAGUUUUGUUUUUGAAAUGUGUAUUUCUAAUUAUAUAAAAUAUUAAGAAUCUUUUAAAAAAAAUCUGUGAAAUUAACAUGCUUGUGUAUAGCUUUCUAAUAUAUAUAAUAAUUAUGGUAAUAGCAAAAGUUUUUGUUAUCUUAAUAGUGGGGGGAUUAUAUUUGUGCAGUUGCACAUUUAAGUAACUAUUUUCUUUUGGUUUUCUUUUACUCUGCAUACAUUUUACAAAUUCAAAGUCAGCUGUCAAAAAACUAAUCUGUAAAAGGUUAGAAUUUACCCAAGAUGUAACACCCCUAAAUCAUUUUAAUACAACAUUUACAAACCAUUGGGUGAACUGAGAUCCAUUGUAUAUACUGAUUAGUUCUUUCAUGCUGUUUUGUGCAUUGUAACAAGUUCAGGGCCCUGAUACUACUUAUGUCCUGCAUAUCUUGUAGUUUUCCACAAUUAAAUGACAAAGUGGCAUAACUUGGCCCUUUCUCAUAAAUUAAAUGAAGCUGAUAUUCUGUCUGCUAGAAUUGGAUGUGCAUCUUUUUAGGCUGCCAGAUAAUUGAGUGCAGGUGAAGAGCUCAACAAGUAGUGGAGAAAGGAAUCAAAAGUGAGGAGUUAGCACAGAAACACAAGUUAUAGAGUUUUAGAAAUCUUAGAGAGAUUUGGGUGGUCAAUAAAAGAAGCAUUCAAAAGCAGAUUUAUCUUGUACAACCAAUACUUAGCCAACAGGUCACCAUAAUUCUCACACAUUGUCGCACAGAGGGAAUGUUGUUGAACAAUGUCUCCUGUGUAUUUCACCCAAACAGGUUUUGCAUAGGGCAUCCACCAUUUUCUCCUGUCAUAUAUUUUUUUCUUUAAUUAAAAUCACUUAGACAGAAAGAAUAUCCCAUUCAUUUUAGUUCCUCUUUGUCCCUCAUGUACUAUUACAGGAAAAUGGUGGAAUACAGGAUUUUUAGUUCAGCAUUUAUGUUGGGUGGGAUUUGUUGGCUUUUUUUUUUUUUUUUUUUGCACAAUUCCCCUUUAAGAUUUUAGUGCCAUCAUACAACUGAUAAUGUUUCUUCUUUUCAAGAGUAGUUCUGUCUCCCACUUAGAUGCAUUGACACAGUAAGGAAUCGAGCUGCAAUAGCUGUCUAAGUAUCAACAUGGAGAGGUUAUGUUACGGGAAACAUACCCUCUAUUUCCCAUCUGUACAUGCAGUUGCUGUGCACCGCUCAUUGAUAAAGUCUACCUCUCUGUGGUAGCAAAUGGUGUAUAGUGUACAUGGUGCAUUAUGACUUGGGCUCUUCCUUUAUAUGCAACCUGACUACAAGUGCACACUUGGUCAUGCAAAGGCUAGUGCAUUGCUACGUAUUUUGGAUGCUCUCUAAGCAGAACAACAUGUUGCUGUUGCAUCCAUCCUAUCUCAUAGAGCAAUCUGUGGGAUCAGACGAAAGAUAUGUGUGCAUAACAAAAAGUGAGACUAGUGCCCAUAAUCAGUUUUUUAAAACACAAAACUCUUUUUCAAAAUACAUUUCCUCACCUUAAAAUGAAUCUAUUCUCAUAUUCUCAGUCUGAGAUUUUUAAAGUUUAAUGUGUCUAAAAUAUGCAAAUAUAUCACAAAUGUACCUUGCCAUUUAAAAAAACUUAGGUUUAUCAGUAUUGUUAGUAGUAACUUGUCAAUGGGGGCAGGGGAGUCAGUCUAUUGAAAUAUGAAGAAUAGCCAUAUUAAUAGUUUAUCUUACAAUUUGCCUCAGCAGCACAAGAAAAGGAAAUUUGAGAUUCUAAGACAGUAGUGGUAUAACAUACAUUACCUUAAGUCACUAGCAGAAAGUAGCAUGAAAGGUAUUGCCAUGGCAAUUUUUAGUAAUUCUAACCAUGGUUUUAUACAAACAAACACAAAUCGAAUCACAUGAAUACGGAUGCCAGUCGUCCCUUUUGUUCCUGCUACUGAGCUCAACGAAAGUGUAGUGGCAAGAUAGUGGGGGAUAAUACAUAUCUGUAAACUGAUCUAAUUAAAAGAAGCACAACUUUGAUUGUGAAGUAACUUUCUGUAAACUAUAACUGUCUACUUUUACCUGUUCCUUUAUCUGUAACUUACCAUGUAUUGUGUUUGCAAAGGUAAUUUGGGUUUAUCGUGUGAUUCCUUUGUAUUUAAGGAGUUUGGGGCAGAGCCCUAAAAGAGUAUUAACAUUUACUUUACAUUAAUCCAUGGUAUAUAAUGUUUUAGGCAACAUUCUUAAUUGCAAGUUCAAAUACCUUAAGUGGCAUUUAGUACAUCUCCAAAUAUUGUUGUAUCUAAACUAAUCCUUCUCUAAAAAGGUGUUUUCAGUUAGCCCAAUUGCUGGCAACAAUGAUAUGAUAUACACAGUUGCACAAUCUGUAUAUUGUAUGCUUUGUUGCCUUUCACAAUGGAGCUUUUAUCAUUUCACUGUUUUUCACAAGUUGUGUUUUAUAACAAAAUGGCUUAUAUUUUUCCCAAAAGUGGAAUUUAAUGUUUUUUAAUGAAUAAUAUAAAAAUAUUUGUUGUUCUCAGAUCUUUUUCAGGUAAAGCUAAAGUAAGAAUAAAACAACUCAAUAUACUGUUUUCAAGAAUGUCAAUCCUUUUGUAUUGUAUGUAUUAUCCUAUAUACCCAUCUUUUAACUAUAGACGUACCAAUGCUGUUUUGUUUUCUUUUUCCUCUUCUUCUCUUAGAAAGUAAAUGCUUUGUAAUUUUUUAAAAGCCACUUGAAACCUCAAUAAAGGCUGUUGCCUAAACAUGGCAUACUUCAUCUGUUCCUGUUUAUGCCAUCUGCUGUGAUGUCGUCACUUAUAUGGCAUUAAUUUCCUGCCACUACAGAGCUCUUGAAGGACUGAUGGAACAUUGGUGUCUGUUAGAAUGCUUCAGACUGUAGAUGUAAUCAAAGGCUUUUGUUAAUAUAUUUUAACCAAAGAUGUGGAGCAAUCCAAGCUUUGAGCCACGCCGUCUGCUCAAAAUUCUCCAUUUGAUUAUUUUCGUAAUCAGGUGUUGCAUUUUCCCUUCCCUGCUCAUACCUCAGACUGAUCCAUACCUCAGUUUGAUUCAAAGAGGUCAGUUCAACGACAAAUAAAAAAUGCAGUACCUGUGUCCUUUGUGGAAUAAAUAAUGUAAAACCUGAGUUACCUUAGGCAUUAUACUUGGAUUGCUUCAGAUGGUUUGUUGUAUCCUUUUUGUUUCCUGCUUCUUCUUCUUCUUUUUCUGGGGAGUUGUUUCCAUUAAACAAUGGUAGUUAAAAAGUAAGCUUGUAAAUGGGGGGCAUAUACAAGCAUUUGCAACAAGUAUUAAAAUAGAGGCUCACAGCGGCAUAAGCUGGACUUUGUCGCCACUAGAUGACAAGAUGUUAUAACUAAGUUAAACCACAUCUGUGUAUCUCAAGGGACUUAAUUCAGCUGUCUGUAGUGAACAAAAAUGGGAAAAUUUCACAAGUUUCUCCUGCUGGAAAUAAGGUAUAAUUUGUAUUUUGCAGACAAAUCAGUAAAGUUACUGGCUUUCUUAGUGA